AUGAUUGAAUACCACCCUGGUAAGGUCAAUGUGGUAGUCGACGCACUGAGCCGUAGGGUUAUGACUGAUAUGAGGGUAAUGUUUGCUUGCCUCAGUUUAUAUGAAGAUGGUAGUCUAUUGGCCGAACUUCAGGUUAAACCGACAUGGAUAGAACAAAUUAAGGGUAAAUCGAUAGAGGACGAGUCUUUAGGCCUUUGCUUCCGACAGGUUGAGAGUGGGAAUACUGUGGAUUUUGGACUGAAUAGCGAAGGGGUACUCUGUUUCCGUGGGAAAAUCUGUGUAUCGAAAGAUACUGAAUUAAGGCAAUCGAUAUUGAGAGAGGCAUAUAUUAGCUUUUAUGCUAUGCAUCCUGGCAGAAAUAAGAUGUACCGUGACCUACGUGAGUUAUACUGGUGGACAGUUAAGAUUCCACUUUGGAAGUGGGAGAAAAUGACUACGGACUUCGUUAGUGUGUUGCCCCUCACACCCAUUAAGAAGGAUUCAGUGUGGGUUAUAGUGGAUUGGUUGACCAAGUCCGCCCAUUUCAUACCAGUUCAUAUUGACUACUCUCUACAAAAGCUAGCUAAACUGUAUGUGUCUGGGACAGUGAGACUAAAUGGGAUGGUCAAUCUGAGAGGGUAUUCAAAUACUGGAAGAUAUGUUGAGGAUCUGUGUCAUUGA